UGCAGGGUGUUAGGAUACCGGUGGAGUGGGGGAGCUGGGGGCUGGUUGGUGUGUUUACAGAGGGGCUGUGGAGGGGUUUAAACAGGUUAUCAGCAGCUGGAGGAAACAGUAUCUGUAUGAGUACAGUCUUAGACCUGUUUACCCCCCAGUAUCACUGUAACUGAGCGCUCUGAUUAGGAGAGAAAUGGACUCGAAGCGAGCAGGGCGCCCGAGCAUGAAGGAGAUUGAACACCCGGACUGUGGAAGCGAUGUAGCUCGAGCUCGGUGGACCAUUCUGAGACAGGUGUUGAGGCAGAGACAGCUGGACAGUGCUGAGGUGCAGCAGGUGUCGGUGCGCAGGUUUUCUUCUUUCAACCUGUUUUCCAGAGCCAAGGUUCCCUCAUCAGAGAGCGAUGACCCAGUAGAUGGACAGUGGGUGGAGUACAGAAGUGCCUGCUUUCCCCAGUACAGUGCCUUUCUCAGAGAUAACCUGGGACCCAUCAGAGUAAAUGAGGUGCUCAACAGCUUUGACAACACCGGAAAUGUCUGUGUCUGGCCUUCUGAAGAGGUGAUGGCCUACUACUGUCUGAAGAAACGUCAAAUAUUUACGGGUUUCUCUGUAUGUGAGUUGGGUGGAGGGAUGACAUGUCUUGCUGGGCUCAUGAUUGCGGUUUCUGCUGAUGUGAAGGAAGUGCUGCUAUCUGAUGGGAAUGAGAAGGCCAUCCAGAACGUUCGCGGGGUUAUUGAGAAGAACAGACGAGCCGGUUUCUUUGGCUCCACCGAUGUGUCCAGCAGGGUGGUCAGAUGGGACAGUGAGAUGGACGUGUCCGCUCUGGAGGGACGCUUUGACGUGGUCAUGUGUGCUGACUGCCUGUUUCUGGACCAGUACAGAGGCAACUUGGUUGAUGCACUAAGGAGAUUACUGCGACCUGAUGGUACAGCAUUAGUGUUUGCUCCAACCAGGGGAGACACACUCACAGAGUUCUGCAGGCUGGCGGAGAAAUCAGGACUGUUUGUGUGUCGCUAUGAUAACUACGACUCGCAUAUAUGGGACCUGCAUAUGAAGAUGAAAACUGAGGGGAAGGAGGUGUACGAUGAGAACAUCCACUAUCCUGUGCUGCUCACGCUCACCCUCAGACCCAGCACCGGGCUGCUGGUAUACUCAGCCAAUAUUUGGCCCAGCAGGAAGAUGCACAGCAGCUCAAGCUCGGAAAUGCAGUAUGAAUUUUAGGCUCAUCCACUGUGCAAGCUAGAGGAGGUGUUACAUUUCAAAUAUUUCUAGAGGAUUAUCUGUGUGAUCUGUGUUACUUAAACAAGAAAUAAUCAGUGCAUUACAGUGUUGAUGUAAUAAUCAUCAUUAUCCAGUGAUUUGUUAAUACUGACCUAUCAACUAUCACAUGUACUCGUACAUGUAUACGCUGUAUCAGAUUUCACAGGGUCUGCAUGUGAUCAUAUCAGUCAAGGUACAAUAUCACAGUGAUUAAAACACAAGUGUUAUCAUAUGCUGAGAUGAAUAAAAUGAUAUAUCUGAGCUCUGCAGUGUAGUAGGGUUUAUCCUGCCGUUUAUGCUGAGCUCCUUCAGAUUCGUUUGAGUUUGAGUGUUUGUUUGCGUUUUUAUAUUAAAUAUGAUUGAGUUUUGUUUGUUUGUUUGUUUUUUUUCUGAGCUGUGUGCUUCUGCACUGUGACUGUAUUUCCUACCCAAUACACAGAUGAGUCCAAAGUGAUUGUUUUACACUAAUGGAGCAGGUGGUUGUAAUUACUGUGAUUAAAUCAUUAUUUGAAACA